AUGUCUCAGAUUUCUCCAUCAAAGAAGACGUCUUCCCGCUCUGAAACAGUGUCAGAUUCUAGGGCACCAAAUAUGGUGAGUGAUCAGGAUGUUGUGAUGGAUGUUGCGCCCUUGAACAUGGUUCCGGCUACUGAUCCUGUUAGUAGUAUACCAAGAAAGAUGCAUGCACGAAAAUCUACUGGUGGGUCCGUUCCAGAAACAUUUUCUGCUAGGGAUAAAGAGGGUUCUGCAUAUGUCCACAAUGCGAUCGCAGGUGUUGUCACGAGAAUCCUGAAUGAAGGUCACAGGGUAGAAGGAGUAUCUGUUCCUUUAUCCCAAGCUUCUGCUCCUGAGAACAGCAAAGAAGAUCAACUUCAUGCUAGCAAAGAUCAUGUUGAUGUUGAGACAUCUGAAGCUAACAAUGUUGAGACAUCUGAAGCUAACAAUGUUGAGACUUCUGAAGCUAAAGAUGUUGAAACAUCUGGAGCUAAAGAUGCUGAGAUUCUUGAAACAGAGGGAGCUGAAGAGGUCACUGCUACUUCUCCUAAAGAGAAGAAUACUCGCCCUAUUGACAGUGUAAAUGAUGUGGUGGAUCUGGAUAAUCUAGAUGAUCCUAUUGACAUUGCUGAUGAUGAACUCAUCUCUAGCAUUUCUAACAGAGUCAAGGCUCGAAGGGGAAAGCAGGUUGAUGAUCAACAUCUCCCCAAGACUAAAGUUGCUCCUCUAAAGAAUGCCACCAAAGAAAAGAUCAAGAAGGUCCCUGCUGAACCUUCAAAAAUUGGGAGCAAAGUUGCUGUGAAGAAGAGGAAAGAAAGAAGUGUUUCUGACUCAGAGGACAAUGUCUUAAGUGAUGUCCCUGACAUCCCUUCAAAGAAGAAGAUUGCUGUCACCAAAGCCUCCACAAAGGAGUUUAUAGUAAAUUUGUCUCAAGAGUGUGCUGAUGGGAAAGCUGAGGAUUUUCAUAAGGUGUAUGUUAGAAGAAAAUGUAUAGAUUUCUCCCCAACUGUUGUCAACCUUUAUCUAGGUAGGGAUGAUGAAGCUCAACCUGACCUUGAAGUGACUGACAAUGAGGUGUGCAAAGUUAUCACUGGUGGUAAGGUUAAGAAAUGGCCCAUAAAGAGUAAACUGUCUACUAGUCUUCUUAAUGUCAGGUAUGCUUUGCUGCACAAAAUUGGUGCUGCUAACUGGGUGCCUACCAAUCAUACUUCUACCAUUGAAGUUGGCCUAGGUAGAUUCAUAUAUGCUGUGGGAACCAAGACAAAGUUUGAUUAUGGGACUUACAUAUUUGAUCAAAUUAUGAGGCAUGUUGGUACCUCUGCUACCAAGCUACCCAUUGCUUUUCCAUCCCUGAUAUGUGGGAUAAUCCUCAAGCAUUACCCUGGGAUUCUGAAAGCUAAAGACUCUGUGUGCAAGAGGGAGAGUGCUUUGUCUUUCCACUAUAAGCUGCUCCAAAGGUCAGAUGACAUAACAUCUGCUGGGACAUCACAAACCAGCAAAUCUGUGAACAAAUCCUCUCUUAUUGCUGAGCUAAAAGAGACUUGUACAGAGUUGGACAAUAGGAAGAUGAAGCUUGAAAAGCUCAUUCAAAGACUUGAGCAGUCCGCAGAUGAUGUUACUGGUGUUCAUGCUGGUGGAAGUGAUGGUGAAACUAAUGAUGAGGAAAAUGGUGUUGAUAGUAGUGAUGAUGAAGAGACUGGUGGAUCUGACAAUUAG